AUGCGUCAGUUCUCCCUCAUCCUCUGCUUCUGCCUCGCCGCAGUGGCCAGCGCCGACAAACUGGGCUACAACUACCAGCCCGUGGCCCACUCCCCCUCCGGACUCAGCUUCCAGCCCUCGGGCCUGGCCAGCAACGAGGCGCCCAGCUUUGCAGCGGGACCCAGCGCCCCCAGCUUUGCCGCUGGACCCGCUGCAGCGCUCGAAGGUCCCGUUGGAGCCUCUUCAUCUGGUUCCCCCAACUACGCCGCUCCCCAGGCUGAGCUGGAGAAGGAGUUCUUCACCUACACCGCCGACGAGGGUGAUUUCUACGAUCCAGCUGCCUCCGAGCAGGUGUCCAGUGCCCUGAACAAGGCCCUGCGCGUCGUCUUCAUCAAGGGACCCGAGAACCGUGGCCUGGAGAACGCUGCCCUGGCCCUGGCCAAGCAGGCUGCCCAGCAGGAGACCGCCAUCUAUGUCCUCAACAAGCAGGCCGAUAUCGGAGAUCUGGCCAACAAGCUGAACUCCAUCCGCAGCAACAACAACAACAAGCCCGAGGUGCACUUCGUCAAGUACCGCACACCCGAGGACGCUGCCAACGCCCAGAAGGCCAUCCAGGGACAGUACGAUCAGCUUGGAGGAUCCUCCCAGUCCACCGAUGGCGGUGUUGCUCCAGCCCUGAAUUUCGCCUCGAGCGCUCCUGUUCCAGCUGCCGCUCCCGCAGGCGCUGGCAUCGCCCAGGGCCCGUUCGUGCCCUCCGGCCUGCCCGAGGCCACUGCUCCAAUCUCCUCCUAUGUGCCCCCCGUGACGCCUGGUAGCAGCUACCUGCCCGCCAACAUUCUGCGUCGCCUGCGAUUCUAA